CGCCCCACCUCUCCGGCCCAGACCGGAAAUGAGGUCAGAGAGGGAAACCCCGGCUGGGAGCCUCGGUCCAAAAAGCAGCGGCCGUCGGCGGUGGCUGCGGCAGCCGAUGUGGCCUCAUGGAUGAACUGGUACAUGACUUAGCCUCAGCCUUGGAGCAGACAUCUGAGCAGAAAAAGCUUGGUGAGUUGUGGGAGGAGAUGGCCCUGAGCCCUCGGCAACAGAGGCGGCAGCUUCGGAAACGCCGAGGCCGGAAGCGUCGUUCUGACUUCACUCAUCUGGCAGAGCAUACCUGCUGCUACAGUGAGGCCUCUGAGUCAAGUCUGGAUGAGGCCACUAAGGACUGUCGAGAAGUGGCCCUGGUCACUAACUUUAGUGACUCUGAUGACACAAUGGUGGCCAAACGGCACCCAGCUCUCAAUGCGAUUGUUAAGAGUAAGCAGCAUUCUUGGCAUGAAUCUGACUCUUUUACUGAAAAUGCACCUUGCCGACCACUUAGGCGCCGAAGGAAGGUGAAGCGAGUGACAUCAGAGGUGGCUGCCAGCCUUCAGCAGAAGCUGAAGGUGUCAGAUUGGAGCUAUGAGAGAGGCUGCAGGUUCAAGUCUGCUAAGAAGCAGCGUCUGUCUCGCUGGAAAGAAAAUACGCCCUGGACUUCAUCAGGCCAUGGGUUGUGUGAAUCAGCAGAAAAUAGAACUUUCCUAAGCAAAGCAGGAAGGAAAGAAAGAAUGGAGUGUGAAGGUGAUGAACAAAAACAGGGCUCUGAUGAGAACAUGUCAGAAUGUGAAACCAGCAGUGUGUGUAGCAGCAGUGAUGCUGGGCUCUUUACCAAUGAUGAAGGACGACAAGGAGACGAUGAGCAGAGUGAUUGGUUCUAUGAAGGAGAAUGUGUCCCAGGAUUCACUGUCCCAAACCUCCUGCCCAAGUGGGCUCCUGAUCAUUGUUCUGAGGUAGAAAGAAUGGAUUCCGGGCUGGAUAAACUCUCAGAUUCCACAUUCCUUUUACCAUCUCGGCCAGCUCAAAGAGGGUACCAUGCUCGCUUGAAUCGUCUGCCUGGAGCUGCAGCUCGAUGCCUCAGAAAGGGGCGAAGAAGGCUGGUUGGAAAGGAGACCACCAUGAGUACUUUAGGUACUGAGAGGAUAAGCCAUAUCAUUAACGACCCUCGGCAAAAAGAAAAGAAUAAAGCGUUGGCUUCUGAUUUUCCUCACAUUUCUGCCUGUGCACAUGAGUUUAAUCCCCUGUCUCCCCUCUACUCCCUGGACGUUCUUACUGACGCUUCUCACCGGAGAUGCUCACCAGCACACUGUUCUGCCAGACAGGCGAACGUGCACUGGGGACCACCGUGUUCACGUGACAUCAAGAGGAAACGGAAGCCUAUGGCCGCAGCCUCUCUCUCUAGCCCCAGUGCAGCACACACGGAUGUAGUGGAGCCAACCACACCAGCAUCACAAGCCCCGAAAUCUCCAAACUCUGAGUGGUUGAUCAGGACCUCUGCCGCAGAGAAAACCACAGACUCAACUACAGCAUCGUUUUUUAAAAUGCCCCAAGAAAAGAGCCCUGGAUACAGCUAGAGAGCUCUAUGUCAGCCGCCGGGAGUUGACUGGGUGGUGUGGAAACAAAUGUUAGACUUUGUGUUUUAUAUAUUCUACGUAUCUUAAUUGACAUUCCCAGUCCUUUCUCCCAGAACCAACUUCUCUUCCAACACAGCAGCGGACUCUUUCUCUUAGGAAUCAUGUUGUGGGAUCUUUUUUGUGUUUGUUUUUUAAUUAGUAAAGUAUUGAGGCAGCAGUGUUUUUACAAAAAGAUCAUCUUUGGCUCUGUUACAUUGUUAUUGCUGUCCCAACAUUUACCUACAGCUCCAUUCACAGAGCUGUUGCUUUUUUGCCAUUAUGUCUUUGUUCUCAAAAAGCUAGUAACUGCUUUUGUAUACCGUUUGUGCAGCACUUUUAAUAGCAUUUGAGGAAGCCCCCAAAUUUGCAGCCAGUUCCAAACAGAUUUAAGGUCUGUAUGGAAUUGUGUUUGCAGGAGAUAAGGCUAGCCUUUGAGUCUAGUCUUGGUUCACUCAGAGUGCCAAUGAGAUAAAUCAACCAAGUUCUCAGUUGGGGGCCUCAAAAGAGACAACUAGCAACGUGGGCUUUGGGUACUUCUUCCACUUUUCUGCAGAUGGUCUAAUGGGACCAUCAGCAGGUGCAUUGUAUUUUACCUCGUCCCCAAAGUUUGUGUUCCACCAAAAGAGGACACACACAGAUUAGUGUAGUGAAGAACUUGGUUUAGAUGUAUAGCAGACUUAAAGUAGUCAGUGGAUCGUGUCUUACUAUUAAUACUUCCUGUCCAGUGUAAGCCUUUAUGUCCUAAGCAGGACUUUAUUAUUAGUAUUAUAGGUCAAUAACCGGCAGCAGAAUUCAUACUCUGUUGUAAUGAUGGCUUCUUGGGGCCAUGCUUUCGGGAGGAAAAAUGUCUCUGACAUGCCUUUAUGCUUGGCGUGUUUAUGGCGGCUCGACUACAUGUAGAGUUGUAUAUACAGUCGUGCCUGAAGUUGGAUCCUACCUUGUCAAAAUGAGGAAUAAGGGACUACCUAGACCUGCUGGAGAAAAGCCACACUUUCUA